GAGUGAGCUGCGGUCAGCGAACACCUAUUCUACUGGUCACCAUAAUGGGGCUCAUUCCACGCUUGCUUUGCCUAUUAGGCGGGCUGCUCCCUGCCAUUGUCUCUGGGGCUACAGCGCCUACACCCUUCUUCCCCGAGUUGGAUGAUUUCUAUAAGCCGAAGCAAGGAUUCUGGGAGGAGCUGGAUCCCGGAUCGAUUAUAGAUUGGCGGCGAGUGUACGUGAAUUCGCUCUCGUAUGGCAUCCCAUCCAAUGCCACGGCAUACCAAUUACUUUACGUCACAAGGGACUUGAACGAAAAGAAAACUCACUCGGUCACGACGAUAAUUGUUCCACACAAUGCACAGAAAGGCUGGCUCCUCUCGGUCCAGCCCGCCUAUGACUCUCCGGACAUCAAUUGCUCGCCCUCUUAUGGGCUCCAAGUGGGCGCGGUCGGCCCCGCCCUGUCCUGGAACAUGAUGGAUCUAUCGUUCGUGCUACCCUUCGUGAAUAAACACGGUCCGAUCUUGAACAUCCCCGAUUACGAGGGCUGGAACGCUGCGUUCACGGUCGGCCCGCAAACUGCUUAUCACACACUCGACUCAAUUCGCGCGGCAUUUAACUUCCAGAAGGAAUACGGCCUCACUGGUCUCAAGCCCGACGCCAGAACGGUUAUGUACGGAUUUUCCGGUGGCGCGUAUGCUACCGAAUGGGCCUCCGAGCUACAACCCACGUACGCACCGGAACUCACCCAGAUCGUAGGCGCUGCCAUGGGUGGUCCUCCACCCAAUAUUACCGAUACCUAUCUGGGCUGCAAUGAGGGACCAUGGGCAGAGCUGAACGUAUGGGCCAUGCUGGGCGUAAUGAACGCCGUCCCGGAGGUGAAGAAAUACAUGGACAACGACUUACUCGAGGAGCAUCGCGAGAGGUUCUAUGGGCCCAAGACGCGCUGCAGUCGCUGCUUGGGCAGAGAGCCGGCUCAUGAACCCCUUGAGUACCAAAAUAUCUCAUCCUACUUUGAACACGGCCACAGCUUCUUGUCCAGGUUCCGCAGAGACCUGACGGACAUUGGUGUUAUGGGGAGGCAUGGAGCUCCUGCCUAUCCGAUGUAUAUUUUCCAGGGAACCAAUGACGAGAUUGUGGGUGAUAUCGACGUUACGAAUAAACUUGUGUGUAAUCUCUGUGAUAAGGGCACUGUGGUUCAAUACCAUCAACAUCCUGGGCUCAACCAUAUGCAAACCCUGCAGCAGGGGAACUUGGACGCUUGGAGAUGGAUUCUCAAUCGCUUCCUUGGUGUUCCCCCAACUGGGUGUCGCGAAAAAGACUUGAACCCUCCAAUUGGUGGAGCGUGCAACGACCUGAAGAGAGUCGAAGAUGAUUUAAUGACAGAUGAUGGCUCAGAUGCACAGAUUCCUCUACGGGCAGAGUUGAAAUGA